AUGCCGUUAAAUAAUUAUGGAGUUUGGAAGGGCAAGCUCAAAGCCACAAGUGUAAACCGAGACGACUACCUCUCAGAUCACUUCUACGUCAGUUUCGAUUUCGAUGUCGAUAACAAUAACCAGCCCCAAGAAUACCGCGCUUGCUUCAAUUACCGCACAGCCAUUUCUGAAAGUCCCCAGCUUGUAUAUUGGCUUAUUCAAGACUUCUCUCUUCCUACUGUUCGAUACAUUGAAGCCUUUCCACGAGGAUGGACCGAGAUCAUACAGCUCGCGACACUGAAUCACCGCCAAGUGAGUCUUGAUUAUCUUCGAGGAGCCAUCGAUUAUAUUCCGAGUGGGGAGGAAAAUCGGGGAGUCGACGAUAUCGCCGAUUAUCUGACGCCCUUCUUCGCCAACGCUAUCGAGAAGGGGGCAACGGCCUACAUAUACGGGGAACUCCGUCGAGACUUGAAAGAGAUACACCAGAUACACAUGAAUCAAGGCAGUGUCGACACAUUUGAAAAGGAAAAUGCUAUUCGGCAGGAUGGAGGAAUUUUACUCGAAUUCUUAGAUGGUCACUAG